AUGUUGAUUGAUAUGAGAAAAACCGUUUUUUGGUUAUUCAUAUGCAUCGGCGUCAUCUUCAUCAUUAUUGGAACGUUCUUGCUUGUCGGAAUUCCAAUUGAUGGCCUAGUUGAUGACCAAGUCGUGAAGGUAAGUUAUUUGAUAAGUUAAGUAAUCAUAUGCAGAUAUCUGAGGUACCUAUAAGAGAAACUUGUGCUGGUUCGAGAAUUUUGAGGCAUUAUUUGAUGAGUAAAUUUUUGGAAGGGGAUCUUUACUGUGCAUUCGAAAAUUUAUAUUUUUAACACAGGAAAAUCAGGAUAGUACCAUAAUUUGUCUACAAAUAUACCUACCUCUCAAAAUGGAUCGUGAAGACCCCAUAAUAUUCAUCGACAACAAUAAUGCCGUGUUCAAUUUGAUUCCGCGAAAUGCAAAAUGAUCUCUGACUCUCCAAAAUUUAGUGAUCUUUUCCUUUCUCUAACGGGUAUUUUGCAUUUCGCGGAAUCAAAUUGAACACGGCAUAAUAAUCCAUCGUGUGACCUCCAGUAUACCUUUUAGCUAUAUCUGAGCCAUAUCGGAGUCUCCCUCAAGUCUAUAUCUCAUUUUUUUCAAAGUCCUUAAAAGUAUACUCGAUGUACCAUCGUUAGACUUCAUACCCUGCGAUAUACCUCAGAGGGUAUCGCGCUACCCUUUCUCGAUUCGUCUAUGAAUUUUGUAACUUGUAAUUUCUUUCCUUCUAAGAAACAUAAACUUUAAAAAAAUUCUAAAUAUGUAAAGGUUGCAAUUAGAAGGACGGAAAAUUUCAAAUUCCGCAUUAAAAAAUCUGUCAAUAAUACAAUGCAAUACCUUUCUUUUGUUUUUUUCACCGACUUUAACUUUAAGCGUGACUGGCUUGGUUAUACGACCGAUAAAAACGGCUCGCGAGUUCUGAACGACAUCACAAAUUCGUGGUUGGAGCCGACGUACGAGAUGAAGUUGAACAUCUGGAUGUUCAAUGUGACUAACGUCGACGACGUGGUCAAACGUCAGGCAAAACCGCACUUGGACGAAAUCGGCCCUUUUGUUUUUGAGUAAGAACUCAUCAAAAAAAAAACUUUUUUUCUUUGAUUUCUGCGUUUUAGGGAACACCAAAAGAAGAUUCUGAACGGUUUUAUCCUUAACGAUACUCGCGUGAUAUACAGGAACCUCCGAUUCUACCAUUUCAAUAGGAAUGCGUCGUGUCCAUCAUGUAACCUCGAUUCUCGCUUCGUCAUUCCCAACAUUGUUUUUCAGGUUAUUGUAACUUUAUAAUUUGGUAGAAAAAAUGAUUCUCUAUUACUCUUCGUCAACUUUUGUAUUUCAAGAAUUAAAAAAUGAGAAAUUGGUCGAAUUUAAAAAUUUCUGGGUUCCAGAAGCUUGUGGAUGCUGCCGACGAGACCAUUUUCGGAGUUCCCAUUCGUAUCGCCGUCGAAUCGGUUCUUCGCCUCUCUAAAGAAGGCCCUUUUGUGACGGUGAGGAAGGUUCCUGAAUAAUAAUAGAAAUCAUAAGAUUCAGGUGACAGCACGGGAAGCUUUGUUCGACGGAUAUCACGAUCAACUUGUCGACCUUGUUUGUGAGAACAAGGUGCUCAAGUUCAUGUGCGAAAUCGGAGUUGUGCAGAAAAAAAUUGGUUUCUUCUAUGGCGUGAGUUUGUUACUUCCUUGGUAGUUUUGUUCUGGCGCGAUAAUUGUUCAAGAAAAAAUAUACUUCAUUCUUUCCGGCCUUUUUUUCAAAUCGAACUUUCAGCAAAACGGAACAUCGGUGGACGGGACCUUUGAAGUUGGAACUGGUCAGACGGAACCUCGAGACAUUGGCCACGUCUUUUUGUGGAACAACUUGACGCAAAUGCCCAACGACACUUGGGACACGCCAGAGGCACGGGCUAUCAACGGAUCGGAUGGUCAGCUAUUUGCGCCGCUGAUGAAGUCUCGCGACCGUCUCUACAUUUUCGUGCCUCAAAUUUGCAGGUAUAGUCUAGAGCUGCUGACCAGACCGGGGCGACCGCAACGCGCUUCAGAGCGCCUCGCCCCGCGAAGCGGUCACACCGUUAAAAGAUUUCUUCAGAGUUACUUAAUGAUAUAAAUGAACUUUCACUUUAUUCGAAAAACAGAUUUCUUAAUUAGUCGUUACUCUGUGGAUUUUUUCACUUAAACUUCGUUUGAACUUAUAUACUCAGCGGAGCGGGGCGCCCUGUCAGCAGCACUAGUAUAGUCUGUUUGCCACGACGUGAAAUUUCAUCGAAUGAGAUUCCGCUGUUCCGCUGCGUGCGGUCGCGAAGCGUCUUUGCCUUUGAAAGAGGGUAGGAAGAAAUUUUGGGUCCGCGAGUAUUCAGAAGCGUGAAUUGUGCAUACACCAAUCUUGGGCACACGGCAUUGAAAAACUAUUCUUGGAAAUAUUCACUUCUUUUUUGAUUUUGAAAGACGCAGAUACGCGAAAAAUGUGAAGUCGCGGCAGACGGACUCUAGCGGGUGCUCCCGUGAAGUCUCUGAGAUCUUUUCAAAGUGUUUUCGACCCAUGUUGAACCCUGAAAUGGGAUUUAAUUGGGUCUCCCAUUUUUAUUUCGUUUUAGAACAAUCCAAAUGGAGUACGCGGCGCCAGUCGAGUUUGACGGUGUCACGGGCUGGAGAUACAAUCCGCCGACCGAUUUUUACGACCCAGCCUUACCCAAAAACAUUGGUUUCUGCAACAAAAACGGUUCUCCUCGCUUUUUCGCCAAUAAGACGGUUCAGCCGGGUAGGUUUCAAUUGGUAUAACAAUUACUUCAUUCCUUCUCCUCAGACUCUUGUCUUCCCGCUGGAUUCAUCGACUUGAGCCGCUGUCAGGCGGGCUCGCCUCGUGUUUACCUGUCGCAGCCACACUUUUACAGUUCUCCUAAUGAGGUUUCAGUUGAUUCUACGAGUACAUCACAUACAUCUCUGCCGUUCCCAUUACGUCUCGUGGGAACGGCGGAGAUUUCGACUCCGCUCACCGCGUUUUUGGUUUCGCAUUCUCUUCCAGUAACAAAAACACCGUAAGGCAAGAUUUUUGGAAAAGAAAAGCCUUCAAUUACACUUCUUCUUCUCUAAAAAAUGAGUAGACUUUACUGUAGUGACUCCUCGAGCGUCCAGACGAGAUUACUCUUAAAAGACAGAUCUUUCACCUUGUGCUAAUAAUUAUAACUCAGGUGUGGCAGGCGGUGAGCGGAAUGGCUGAGCCUCGUAAAGACAAAGAUGAAACCUACUUGGACAUUGAACCAACGGCGGGAGUUCCUAUUCGGGCCAACCGUCUGAUGCAAAUCAAUGUUGGAAUGGUUAAAGGCAGCCUCGCGUACGUCGUUCAAAUUCCAAGUAUCAUCUCCUGAGAUCAUGUUCAGAAUGACGGCCAAUAUGACCAAUGUUAUUGUACCCGUUCUGUGGAUCAACGAAACGGCCGUUUUCGACCCGGAUACUCGGAGUCAACUACAGGCGCUCGGUACUGUCAGGUGAAUUCCACGGUUUUCCUUCUAAAUUUUCAAACGGGGCGGAAACCGUUUAAGAAAAACUAUAUGCAGUACCGAUAAUAAAGAACACUCAAGCUUUAUUCGCCUUUUUAAUUGGGCUACACCGGCUUGAGGAGAAAAGCGGAACUUUUCAGAAUUGUGUUAAUUUUACUAAUCUCACAAAAAAAAAAUCUUUUUGAUUGCUUUUGAAGGAUUCAGUCCAAAAAUGAACCUGGUCGGGCAGGCGGUGUUAUUUUCUGGUUCGGCUCGAACGGUAGAGAAGAAGUCAAAAAUCUCUUAUAUCCGUCCACUCUGAACCACUCGAAUUUUCCGCAAUAAAAUUAGUUUAAAAAUUUUUUGGCAGUUCGAAUUCUGAAGCGCUUUGAAAGUUUCACGUUUGCUGAAAACUCGGAAACUACUGUUUACGCAUUUUGAAGUUCAACGUCUACUAUAGUCGUAAUUUUAAUGUCAAGAAAAAAAAAGUUUACGUGAAAGAUUUAUGGACCAUCUUUUUUUUUUAAAGAAGGUUUGCAUUCGUUGGUGGUAUCUCGACACUGGCGUUGGGUUUGCUGGCGUGGCUUGGCGCUGUUCUCGGAGUUGUUGUUCGACAGGUACUGACCGAAACGGAAAAAAGAAUAAGCUUCUAUCGGUUCUCAUUUCAGAGAGACUACAGCGAGUUGCAAUCAGACCACGGAGAAGAACCGCGGGUGGGUCACGAGAACUUUGCGGUAAACGCGGCAUUGGCACCCUCCACAGAGAUGAAUUCCGGCGUCGAUCUCGACCUCUGA